AUGGGUACAGAUAAGGCUAUCGCGAACGAGCGAGGGCUCCAAGAGCACGGACAAAAAGAGUAUGAAGCUGCUGUGCUAGUUAGGGAGGCUCAGGCCUCUGAUGCUGCGGAUCGAAAUUUGACGAUUUGGCAAGCGCUGAAGAAAUACAAGAAGGCUGUCCUUUGGAGCACGCUUCUUUCAACAGCCCUGAUCAUGGAAGGGUACGACGUUGUCAUUAUCAACGGCUUCCUCGGUCAACCCCAGUUUGCCGAGAAGUUCGGUGAUUUCAAUCCGAUGACUGGCAAGAAGGAGAUCAGUGCCGCGUGGCAGUCUGGACUUUCCAACAGCGCGCUUGUUGGCGAGCUGGCUGGCCUAGUCGUCAACUUCUUCGCAACAGACCGAUUUGGAUGUCGUCGUACCUACAUCUUCUUCAUGAUCUGGUUGGCGUGUGCCAUCUUUAUUUCGGUAUUCGCUCCUUCGCUAUCUGUCCUUGCUUUCGGCGAGGCCAUGAGCGGCAUCUCCUGGGGUGUUUUUCAGACUCUUACUACAGCGUACGCCUGUGAGAUUGUACCGACUGUCUUGCGUCCUUUCGUCACCGGCUACGUCUGUCUCGCAUGGGGCGCGGGUAUUCUACUCUCGUCUGGUGUGCUGCGAGCUGUGGUAGACCUGGAUGGCUCACUUGGUUGGCGACUUCCAUUCACUCUUCAAUGGGCCUGGCCAGUCCCGCUUCUAGUAGUGGCCUUCUUUGUCCCCGAGUCGCCUUGGAACGCUGUGCGCCGUAACAGGAUUGAAGAAGCACGGAGGUCCUUGAUCCGCCUACGAUCUGCUGGAACCUACACCGAGGAGGAUAUUGACGCGACGCUGGCAUACAUCCGUCAUACCACUGAGCUUGAGAAGGCUGAAACCGAGGGCGCGACCUUCUUCGACUGCUUCCGCGGAACAAACUUACGGCGCACUGAGAUUAAUGCAAUGACCUGGACUUGCCAGAUCUUCGACGGAAAUCCACUCACUAGUUAUGCCGUCGUCUUCUUAGAGGCUGCCGGAUUCAACACCGCACAGACCUUCGACCUCAAUAUGGGCGUCAACGCGUGUUUCGUCGUCGGUCCUCUGAUCUGCUUCUGCAUUUUAUCUUACUUUGGAAGGCGUACUAUAUAUAUGACUGGUCUCAGUGGCAUGUUCAUUAUUCAGGUCAUCAUCGGUGCUCUUGGGUUCAAUAUAAGCCACUCAACUCAAAUGGCGAUCGGCAUUCUCUUGGUUAUUUGCACCCUGGUAAACACGGUUUUCAUGGGUGCAACUUGCUACCCGAUCGUCGCCGAAACGCCGUCGGGUCGUCUACGUUACAAGACGAUUGCAAUCGGUCGAUUUACGUACAAUGUUGCAGGCGUCAUUGCAAACUCCAUCACGCCCAGAAUGUUGUCUUCGACUUCUUGGAAUUGGGGUGCCAAAGCUGGUUUGUUCUACGCAGGCACGAACCUCCUCUGCCUUAUUUGGUGCUUCUUCCGCCUUCCAGAAAGCAAAGGCCGCUCGUUCGGUGAGUUGGACAUUUUGUUCGAGAAACGGGUUUCAGCCAGAAAAUUCAAAUUCACCGCUGUCAAUGAAUUCUCUGAUAGUCCGCUCUUGGCGGAGAAGACUCUUGACGACGAUGCGAAGUUCUCGGGUAAUGUUGAGCACAAGGAAUAG